AUGACCACUAUCACCACCAUACGCUCGAAGACCUCCACCACUGCUCCAGUGGUGGGUGAUAUGAUUUCGACCGUAGCAAAAAGGACGACGACAACGGCGGCGGCGACAGAUUGCCCAAACUGCGGUUAUGAUGUGUUCCUUGCCGAUGAUCAUGCCCACCAGCGCAUAUCUGAGCUGGAGGCACAGAUCAGGUUUUUGAACAAAAGGGCUGCGGAGACGGCGGACAAACUCGCCGACUAUGAGGACGAAAUCCGUCUGCUGCGCUCCAAAGCAAGCGCCGCAAGAACAACAACAGCACAACCAACAACCACAAUCCCCCCAACUACCCCGACCCUGCCCCCUUCCCAAACAACAGACCAUCACAUACACCCCGCUUCUCCGCCAACCCCUCAAUCGCGCCUAGGCACAUUCGCCUCCCUCCUCCCCUACGGCCGUCGCAACGCCACCACCCCUCCUCCCCAAAACCGCUCCCCAAGCCCCACCUCCACCAUCAGGCCGCCAACCUCCCACUCCACAUCCUCCCACGCCCCCCAGCCUAGCACCGCCCUCCAGGACGCCCUCACCCGCGAACAAACACUGCGCAAAGAGGCCGAAUCGCGCCUGACGCAAGCCAACUCCGAGCUCGAAGAGCUGACAGCGCAACUCUUCAGCCAGGCGAACGAGAUGGUGGCGCAGGAGCGGAAGGCGCGCGCGAAGUUGGAGGAGCGCGUCGAGGUGCUUGAGCGGCGGGAUCGGGAGAAGCGGCGGCGCCUGGAGCGGUUGGAGAAGGCGAUUGAGAGGGUCGAUCGAGUUCGGGGGAUGGUGGGCGAUGGGUAGGGGUGGGUGGUGGGUGGGGGGUGGGGG